AUGAAUAAGCUUUAUAUACGCCACAAUUGCUAUCAUUUCAUUGAUUGCAGUGUAACACCAAAUGAAGAUACAAUCGAUUGGGAAAAGAUUAAACCUGGCGAUCUUUUGUAUUCCUUGGACACUUUUAUUUCUGGGCAAAAGCAACCUUCUAAUUUUAACAACAAUAACUCGCAAAUGAGCAAAGAAAAAUCUAACGGACAAACAGUUCCAAAUCGCAGCGCUGAAAGGAACAUACCUCUACAAAGAAGAGCUGAUGGUGUUUCGCCUGAAGUUCAGCCAUAUGACUACGAUACUGCAUAUGAGACAUUUGUUCAGAAAUAUUUUGGAGAUUCCACUAAAGCCAAUUCAGACAGUACAAGCACAGAGAACUAUGAUAAGGGCAGCAACGACAGUGGUGUGGAAAAUCUCUCUGCAGAAGAAAGCGAAGAGGGAGGUGAUGAAAUUCCUCUUACCGAAGAAUCGAAAUUCUAUAACAAAGCCGAACGCUGUAAAAAUGUUAUAAAAAAUCACAGCAAUUGCAGAAUUUGUACAAAUAAAAAUGGUGAAACAUCGGAGAACUGUUCUUAUAACAGACAGUCUGCACCUAAAAGUUUUGCAAUAAAAAUUGAAAAUAAAUAUCGCAAACAGCGUAAACUCUUGCCAAGCGAAAGUGUGGAGAAUUCCUUUGAAAAGACAUCAAGGUCGGAUGAUAGUGCUGUACCAACAUGUACACAAAAACGCAGCCGAGAAAGUGUAUGUUACCACUGUGAAACGUCGGUGGGCGAAAAUACAAUUCAUUGCUAUAGCGAUACUACCCAACACAAAACAGAUUCGAUGAAAGAGGAAAAUAAGGAAAACACCCAUAAACGUAUCUACAAGCGAACCGUAAUGUAUACAUAUGAAAAUGUGACACGACCACCCUUAUCGACUCCGUCGUCAUCCAUUGAUGAUAAGCAUGAUUUAUUGGCAUAA